AUUUGUUUUUCGUUUUUCUGUUGUUUUUGUUGUUGAGAAUAUUUGGUGUGUGUGAUACUUUCGUUGGUCUCAUUCAAUUUAGUUUAAGAUUGUAAGGCGUGCGUGUUGGUCGUAACAAUUGAAGAAUUUGAGGAGCUCGUAUAAUAGGCUCGUAGCUCUAUUUGAGCCCAUUCGAUACCGAUAAAUAAAGAAGAUAAAGUUAUUUUGCUAACUCGUGUCUUAAUCGAUGAUAUUGAUAAAUCACAACCAGAAGGCAAAGAAAUAAUGCAGCAAUUUUAUUAAUAUUCUCAUGCUUCAUACGAACAUUUGAGAAUUGAUUGCCAUCUAAACUUAUACCAUCUGAAGAUAUUAGCAUAAACGCGGCGUAAGUGGUUUCGGCGAAGAAAGCGAAAUAAAACAAAAAUCAACAUCAAUUCGUACAAGCUAAUAAUUCGCGUAGUAAGUGUGCCUCGUAUGGUCUUUUAGCUUGCGCGUAACCAAAAUUUUAGUGUGUUAAUGAAUGAAUCAAAAGGUUAGUGAAGAAGAAGAAGAUUAACAGAAAUCUUCAAAAGUAAAUCGAAAUCAAACAACAGCAACAAAGUAAAAAAAAAGAGCAUCACACAAAAACAAAACGAUCUGUUUCUGUGCAAGUCCCCUUACCCCGCUACAACCAUAGCAAAGAAAUUCCUACACAAGACAUAUGAGUCUUAGCCUUAAAGAAAAAAGCAGGAAGCAUACAAAGAAGUGCCAAAGAAGUGUUUAAAGAGUUUAAAAUACAAAAAAGAAAAUCUAAGUUAAAAUUAAACAAACACCUGAGAAGAAAUAAAGAAAUUAAUAAAAGGCCUAAGUUAGCCCAUUGAGUGCGUGUCAUUCAAGUCUUGCAAACAUAUGAUGAUGUUGUUGUUUGUGGGCCAUUGAACGAACACAUGUGUGAGCAGUGAGUGUGUGUGAACUUUGGUGUUUACAAUUCAAACGGCCAGUGUAUCAAUUUUUCCUUGAGUUUAAGGUUUGUUAAGUUUUUCUCAACACCUGCCACAUUAGAAGUUGCAAAUAAUAAAAACAAAAACUAUGGCAGCCUCUGUGACACCGACAUUAUGUAGAACUCCUAAAACACCAGUCUCAGCAAUAGAAGCUUCCUCAAACAAUGCUACAGCAGCAAAAGACAACGAUAACAUUUGCCAUAAUGACAACAGCGAUAAGAAGAGCUGCAGCAGUAAUAACAACAACACCGCCCAAAAGACUACUUUAAAUUCCCAAGAAUUAUGUCGCAGUUGUGGCAAGACCAGUGAAGAUUUAUAUGAACUCUACCAUCAUCCACAAUACAAUCAUGCCACCACAGCUUUGCCACAAUCGAGAAAUGAUGAGACAAUGCCUUCACCAUUUACCACAUCAUCAACCACCUGUUAUGGUAGCAGGACAGAUAAAGAAUUGUCUGUGGCUGCGGCUGCGGCGGCGGCGUCAUUAACAUCAAAUUCCUUAACCUCAAAUGCCUGCCCUUCCAACACCACCAAUGUGACUACCACUGCUGCGACAUUUGAUAGUGUUGCUGCGACCGCAAAAGCGACAGCCAAGGGUCAGAGCAAUAUGGAAAAUAUUCUACAAGAAAUGCAAAUUUGGCAUUUACAGAUUAAAUGUAAUGAUGGCCUGCCUCAACGCAUAUGUGCAAAAUGUACAGCGCAAUUCUAUAUGAUUCAUAAAUUUCGACGAAAAUGCCUUAAAGUACAGACACAAUUGCGUAGCCUGUUUGAGGAAGAGCUCAUGCAGCAACAGUUUCAACUUAAAUGUCAAAAGGAAGAACAAAAACGGCUACUAGUGGUGAAAGAAGAGCAAAAUGAUCAACAACAACCAUUACAACAGAGUAAUGAACAAGAAAUAGUACAAACAAAGGAGGUUGCGACUAUGCCUAGUGAGUUGUUGAUGGAACACGAUGCAAAAUCAGAAACAAUAACCACAACAACGUCUGCAACUUCCAUAAACCCUAUGGAAAAUCUUACAGUAGUUACAAGUGUUGAAGAUGUUUCAGCUACCGUUACACCGGCAAAUGCAAACAACACCAAAGAUCAACAACAAGAGCAGCUUAAAUCAACUUCAGUGAAAGAUUCUGUACCUUCAGACAUUAAUGUGGAUACUUUAAGUGAAACUUUAACUAAGGAUCUGCCUUUAGUGGAAACUGAUGAGGAACUAGAAUCCCAGCCAAUAACGGGGACCACAAGUGAAUGUUGUAAAAAUCCACAAUUUGGUAGUGAUAAAACACCAGCAACAGAACCCUUGGCCAAGAGACGAAAGAGUAACAGCGAAUAUGACCACCAUACAGAAAGUUCACCGUCACAAGACAAAUGGCAAGAAAUCAAAAUCAAACCCUUAUAUGUUCCUGAAAAAACCACACAAAGUGAUAAUACCUGCCAAUUUGCAAAAUUAACCGAAGAUACCAGACCGGAUGCCGCCGCUGCUGCCGAUGCUGUCAAGCAACGCAAUGAAAUGCUUAAACGAAGAACAAGAAAAAAACUGGUGUUAACACGCAGUAAGAGUACUACUCCAGAAACUGGUGGUUCUCUGCCACUGACCAAAGCUGCUUUGAAAUCAUAUUCAAGCAUAUCAACAAGAGCAAGCUCAUCGGCAUGUAAAGAAGUCACACCAGGAAUUGGACCAAGCCUAAAAUGCAAACGUUUGGAAAACUUAUUAAACGAUAAUGCAGACAACAAUGAGGAAUUGGCAAAAGCAUGUGCCAUCACUUUUGAAGAUAAACCGGACUCUGAAGCAGCUCUAAAUAAACAAAAUGCUCUAAAUGUCAAAAAGGCCCAUAACGAGCCAGUGGCAAAGGCAUGUGCCAACUCUUCUGAAGAUAAACCAGACUCAGAAAAAGUUUUAAAUAAACAAGAUGCUCUAAAUGUCAAAAAAUCUCAUAACGAUGACAAUAACAACAAUGAAAAACAUGAUACUCGCCAAAUUAGUGAGGAUAAUAGCAAAAAUGUUUCAAAUAACAGCAGCUGUGAGAGCUUUAAGGUUAAUGAAAAAGGCCAUCCAUUGCACAAAUCAAGAAAAAUCUCCAAAAUGUCUUUAAAUUCAAAAAUUUUGGCAAAAUUGGAUCAGCCUUUACCUUGUGAAGAAAAAGAAACAAUGCGGCGAAGAAGAAAGUGCUCAAGAACCCCAAAUACCAAAUCCGCUUCUCAAUGUUCUGAGACCAGAGAAACUUCACCCUCCAAACUUGCCUUUAAUUCUACUUUACCCAAGUCUCCUUUAUCCAGCAAAAACGCUAAAAGAAGACGAAACCCAGAAGAAUUGGAAAAUAAGAAAACAAAAUCACUUUCUAAGGAUCCGGAAAUAGAUAUCACUCAACAGCACCCUACUAACAAACAACCAAGACUAGAUGGUGACUCAAAAAUGUUGUUGGCAACAAAUAAUCAGAACUCAUUUUUUGAUAAGGAUAAGUGCAAUAAGAAGAAAGAUUUUUCCAUUUCGACCAGUAAAUUGCUAAGCAAGCAAUGUUUGAAUUCCGCUUCUUUGAGAUCCACAACAUUUCCCUCGUCAUCCUUUGUCUCUUUAUACUCAUCAACUCGUCCUGCCGCCAAGAAGUUAUUGAACGAGAGCUGCAAAACUCUGCCAAUGUAUGAUAGCACCGAUAUAAAAUGGCAGCAUAGAAGAUCUCAACGUCUUUCCUCCACAUCUUCAACUUCUUCUUCCUCGUUAUUGUCGUCUUCGUCAUCCUCAUCGUCUUCCGGUUUGUCAAGUACCUCGGAUGAGUCCGAUGCCGGGGAAGUGGAUGAUUGUGAUGAUGAUGAGGUAUAUUAUGAGGCUAAUAUAUACCACCGUAUGUCCAAUAACAACAAUUAUCGCACACCCACAAAUUUCUGGAAAACAAAAGCUCAAAUGAAGGUCAAUUUAUUCGCCACUGGGCAUAGUUCGUUGAUGACUGCAGAGACAACCAACAGCUCUGCAAAGCAUGAUCUAAACACAUCUACUGGUUUCAUUACCGAAGGUCUUCGCUCGCAAAGCCUGGAUGACGAUGAUGCUAAUGAAACAGAUGGAAACAUCAAGUCCUCUUGCUUCCCUUUCAACACUUCCCUAUGCCUUGGUGACAAUAAAACAUGUGAUAAUGGUAUCGAUGCCGAUGAUGAAGAUGAAAAGGAUGGUAAUCCUGCCAAGGUUAGCAUCAAAAAGGAAGAACCUGAAGAGUUGCCGCAAAAAGAUGUAAAACUGGAAAAGGAAUCCCAAGAAGAAGCGGCAACUAAGAAUGAUUCUAAGUUAGGAAUUCCCAUGCAAGACGAAAAUAGCAAACAGAAGCCGUCAACAAUUGUAGAUGAGCAGCCUACCACUAACACUACAACGCCCAUGGGGUCCCAAAGUACCAAUGCGGCCAGCAACCACAAACCAUCAGUAGAUAAUCGCCGUCGCCCUAGCAUGAAAUUAAUUUUACAACGCCGUAGCAGCACACGCUUCACUUGCCUUACCAAAGAAGAAGAAUACACUAGGGCAUCAACACCACCAACCUCCACUUCAUUGUCGCCCGUGCGUAAGGAAAAACGUAAGCUUUGUGAAGAGGAUAUCAUGGACUCCAAAGCAACUCUCUCAGACUCAGCAGAAAGUCAGGAUAUAAUCUCACAUGAAGAUGGUGGAAACCAGAUUCUUCCUGUUUCACCAGGGAGCAACCAAGAAGUGGAGAGCAAAAGACCACCAUCAGCAACUAGCCAAACAGAAAACAAUGAACAACAAAUGAAAACCAAUACUGAGGAUGAGGUUCAAUUGUUGCAUAUUGCCAAAAGCCCAAUGUUGGAUGAUAUGGAUACAGGCAGUAAUGAUGAAACUACAGAUAAACUUCAUAAAUUAACUCCUAAUGACACGUCAGAGAGUAAUGGCAACAGCUCUGGUACCGACUUCCCACCCCUAUUAAAAGAAGCCGAAUCCAGUGAACAGGAAAAGGAAACUGCUUUGCAAGAGCAAAAACUGGUGAUUCGAGUGCCAUUGGCUUCAUUAACUCAGCACUUUAAAAGAAUGCAUUUAGCCAAGGAAAAGCUGCAGGAAGAUCAAAAUGAUCACCUGAAAGCAGAAAACAACAAUGAAAAAGAAAAUUCCUGUAAGGAAAUUUUAAUGGAAACUCAUGGCGCGCCGCCAGUUCAUGCUGUUGACAACGAAGCCUCUUCGAAGGAAGAGGAUGAAGGCACCACCAGUCAAAACCCCCAGGGAGAUAUUGUUGCACAUAUCAACCUUGACUCAGAUGAUGAAUUGAAAACUGAAGACAAGAUGGAGGUAACUCCUGAAACACUACACAAGCCAAUUGCAGACUCGGAAACUACAAAAAUAAGCGAUACGAACAAAAAAGUUGAAGAAGAGCCCAAAAAUGAAACUUCGACUGCAGUACAAGAUACGCAGCCUCCUUUUCCAGCAAAAGGUCCACAAGAAGAUGAAGCUGAAGAGAAAUUGUAUCUCAGUGAAGGUACCCUAAAGGAAUCCGCAUCACUUAUUGAGUAUACAACCGAUCGACCAAUUGAAAAAUUAGAGAAACAGCAAGAAGAGGGUUCCCCAACAGAAGAAGAGUCAGACAGCAGGGAAGCGAACUUUGAUGCCAGCCCAAACCUUAAUGAGCUGAAAGAAGAGGUCACUGACCUAACUGAAGAAAAUCCCAAAGUUCCUGAGAGUUUUAAGCCGGAAUUGCAUUCUGACCCAGCUCCUCCCAUCUCAACUAACUCUGAAACAGUUGAGCAUCUUAAUGACGCCAAAUUAUCUUCUACUUCGGAAAUCAGUGCAUUGCAUCCGGAUAUAUUGGAACUGGUACAGGAAUCUGAGUCAUUGACAGCAGGCGAUGGCGUAAAACCAUUUGUUGGAGCUUCCUCGAAAAUAACGGAUUUCAUAAAUAAUUUUCAAGCCAACUGCAUUAAUUCGCCUGAUGUUGCCGAAAGCGAGAUAAAUUCCAUGGAUGUUCUGCCACAUCUUACCCAUCCAUCGAACAACCCUAAUUUGAGUGCAGAAAUAAGGGAUGUGGAAGAUACCCUCAAUGGCAUUCUAAAUGAAAUGCACGAUCGUGAUAUGUACACCCCCAGAUCAGGUGAGAACGAAGAUUUUCUAGCCCACUCCUCCAUUUAUUCGCCAAUGACAGAUGCCCCCACCACACCAUCCCAAAGCUUGUAUGCCGAAAGUCCCCGUACUGUAAAUAGCAAUCCCAUGUCUCUUAGUCCCUUCAUACCAUCGCAUAUGGACUAUAACGCCAUGACACCCCAAAGUAGCCACAGCAGUUGCAUGAGUGGCCAUACCAACACGACCAUCACUAGUAGCAUAAAUAGCACCAGUAGUCAGCAAAGUGGUGGGGUGUCAAGUGAUCAUUUACCUUCCUACACAGACUGUUUUGCGGGUGAGGAGAGCACCCAAUCCGAGUUAAUUGGUUUCCAAAAUGAUAUACCUUGCUUUGAGAAUAUUGAAUUGAAUGCCAAUGGGGAGCCCACCAACGCAGAUAUGGGCGAAAUGUCAAAUGAUGAUGAGGCGGUGGUUAAUCAAGCGACAAGCAAAGAAUAUUCAAAUAUAGAUCUAUUGGAGUCAUUGGAUAAGACCAAUGAAACAGAUUUGGCAGAAUUUCCAACAGAGGGUGCCUUACAGCCUGGAACAUCAAGUGCCUUGCCAGAUCUGGUUGGAAUUGUACCCGCUGCUGUGGAGAAUGCAGCAAGUGCAAUGGAAAAUGCAGACAGUGAAAACUUGGCAGCACCAAACCUUACCGAAAAAGAAGAUGUCUCCACUGAACAACAUGCAAACGAAGCCAUGCCAACCACGGAAAUGGACAUAACCCAAGCUAAGGCACAUGACAUCAAUGCAACAAAUGAUGAUGUCUCCGAACCUGUCAUCCAAUAUGAGGCUGAACCUAACACAGCUCCCACCGUGAUCGAUAUCACCGACUCCUCGGAGCAAUAUGAGCCGCCAGAAGAUCCCAAUGCCGCAACCAUUAUACAAACAGAUAUGAAUUUAACCUCCGGCGAGCCAGCUUUAAUGCAUCAACAAUAUGUGCUCACAACUACACCACAUGGUCCUGUAUUUAUUACCACUCCCCAGGAGAUUCCCCAACCAGCUCAAUCGCAAAAUCUGCAAUAUGUUACCUUGGAUGGCAGCAGUGCAACUUCCGAAUUGAGUUGGCCCAAUCAAGCGACACCGCCGGCAGCGGCCACCUAUUUUGUAAAUACCUCGGGUGAAAUUUUUCUCAGUAAUCCCGCUUUCAAUACUCUGGUGGUGCCGCCGCCACAGCAAACGCCCCCAGUAGCGGCGGACAAUUAUGUACAAGUAUAUCAAGGACAUCAUGCGGCACCGCCUCAACAGCAGCAGCAGCAGCAACAUCAGCAGUCACAGCAACAAAAUCCAAACAAUACUUUUGUCAUGGUGGUGAACAAUUUGGCCACGGGCGAGCAACAGUACAUUGCUAAUCCAACGGCCAACUCGACAGUUCUAUUGCAAACGCAAAUGCCCUCCAACUACAUCAGUAAUUCAUCUUGCCAGAACCAUAGCAAUCAGGACGUCAUUACAAAUGAAAAUGUUGUGAACCCAUUCUCUGUAAAUACCUCUACUCCUGCCCAGCAUGCCUCUGUGUCGGUGGACCCCUGCAACGAAGAAGAACAGGAAACGGAAAGAUCUGCUGCACCAUCUUCUCCACCAUCACAGCGAGAAACUACACGCCAAGGCGUACAAAAACUUUUGCAACAGAAGAUCCAACAGAAACCUUUACUGCCACGAGCUUCAACAUCAUCGCCUAAUCCAGUGCGAAUUCCUUUGCGUUCCCAGAAGAUAAGUCUCAUCUGUCGAUUUUGCCACAAAAGGCCAAAGUUCACCAACAAUGUGGACUAUAGCAACCACAUCAUCACCAUGCAUCCGGCCGAGAAACCCUAUAACUGUGAUUAUUGUCCCAAACAUUUUCAACGGCGCAGUGAACGUCAGGAUCAUGUGGCCCAAGUUCAUGGCUCCCGUUACCAAUGUGCCCAAUGCGGGGUGAGCUUUUGUGCACAGCGCGCAUUGGACUUCCAUUUGCAAAAGUUUCAUGCCUCAUCGAUGCCAUGUGCCAUUCCUCCGCGGAUAGCAGCAGUAGCUCCAACACAACAGAUACUGUCAACAUCAACAUCCACGUCGUCUGCAUCCUCCUCAGCACUUGCAGUAAAUCAUUUGCAGCAUAACUCCACCUCUACUAGCUCCUCAACUUCGUUGUCGUCGGCCGCAUCCUCUCAGUCGUCCGCAUACAAUUUGUUACACUCGGCGGCUCAACGCCAACGAUUGGUUCGCGUAGCUGAGGAAAAGAUGCAUAAUGCUCAACACCACAGCGAAAAUGAGGAAGAAGGAAGCAAGCAUAAAAACCACGGCAGCAACAACAAAUACUCUUUCGAUUCGCAAUUGGAUAUAGCGGAUGGAACUACAGUUACUGCCCCCCAUCGCCACCACCAUCAUCAGACAAAACAACUACACCACCAACAACAACAACAAUAUUAUAAACAACAACCGACACGUAAAUUGUGUUGUCCCGAUUGCGAUGGCGAUGACGACAGUUGCUGCUCCGUGAAAAAUAAUUUACAAAAUAACCACAAACAAUUAUUUAAUCAUCAUCAGCAGCAGCAACAAUUUAUCGGUGGCAAUCUAAAUGAUGGAGUUCACAACACCAUGAUUUCUAUUGAGCAAACGGAACCAGAUUCCACCACCACGUUAAGGCAUUUUCGUAAAGCUUCACUAAAAUCCCUAGCUAGCAGCGAAGGCAUGAAUUGUUCCGGCGGCAACAAUUAUCUUCCCUAUUCUAGUUGCCCCUAUGAUAGCGGCAAUAAACGCUGUGUACCAUCUGCAAAUGCAACAACUCAAUAUUAUACAGUUGGAAAAUAUGUGUCACGUGAUUACAACUGUCAUUUGUGUGAAGAUUCGUUUGCCACAGCCAACGCAUUGCGCAAACACCGUAAUGUGGUGCACAACAAUCAUUGCACCAUGCCGUUUGUAUGCUCGAUCUGUAAAAGAGGUUUCCGGCUUCGCAAUGCCUUGCAGCGUCACAUGGAAACGCAUGAUGCUGAGGGUCGUCCCUACGGCUGCAACAUCUGUCAAGUACGCUUUCCCAGACCCUCGCAAUUGACGCUGCACAAAUUGACGGUUCACAAAUUCGAAAAAGUCCACACAUGUGAUGAGUGUGGCAAACAAUUUGGCACAGAAAGUUCACUGAAGGCACAUGAGAAGGUGGCUCAUGAAGCCAACUCCAUGCCUUUACCCUUUGCAUGUGUCUAUUUGGAGGAACCAAAAUAUGAACAGCCAAAUAUAACAAAUAAUUAGGCUCUUCAUUGGUAUUAAUUAAGAAUAACUGUAGGAUUGGCCGAUUAGUUUUUAAGUUUAAACACCCCAUAGCCUUGUAAAAAAAUGAGUGUUGGGUUUUCGCUCUAUUCUGCGCAAAUCAAUUCUACUGAAUAGUUAAUGCAUUAGCAGACGAUAACAUGUGAUUUGUGCCUUACAGCACUAUAAUCAGCAUUCACUAAAAGAAGCUUACGUGAAAGUGGAAAGGCGCCAUGAAUAUUAAGAAUGGAAAUAUGUGCCAAUUAAAAAUGACACAAAUAAGAGAAAAGGUAAACAAAAAAAUUAAUGUAAAGGAAAAACGGGAAAAAUAAUUAUUUUUUUCAUUUCUCCCUUUAUAGUUAAGGCUGGAAGGUACAAUGUUCGCUUUUCGCAUUGAAAAUCAAUACUUCUUUACGAUAACUUUUGAAGAUAAUAGAUAUUGAACCGAAAAAUCUAUCUGAUUUCAUUCAGUAUGAAAUUCCACCAUUACUUAUGACAAUAUUUUAAUACGGGUAUUAUAUUAUCAAUGAAAUUUCUGUAGUAUUUCAAAAAGAAAUCACUAAAGAAUAUUAAUUUUCAACGCGAAAAGCGAACAUAGUACCAGUCUUAAGAAGCAAACGAUAAAGUUAGCCUCUUUUAAUGUAAUUAAAAUCCAAUGUAAAUUAUAUGUGCUGCAUAGAUUUCCAGUUAAAAAUUGGAGUGGCUUUUCAUCGAUUUAAUGCGAUAAAGCCGACAGAAUCUAAUUGCACUGUUUAUUACUAAAACAAAAAGGAUCAAAACUUACAUUCUUAAAACACGUUUUCACUGACAAUUGAAAUCUGUUUUAAUGGCUCAAACAUCUAUUUUCCCUUCACAAAAUCAGCUGACGUGAGCCAUAAAUCCGGAUUUAAUGCGCAAUGUAAAUGGGGGUUUAGUAAUUAAAGGCUGGUACUAUAUAUUUUUUCCGAUAUUUUCGCCGAUUACUUUUUAUAGAUAAAAGAUUUUAAAGCAAAAAAACUUGCUGAUUUUAUUCAGUAGGACUUCCCUCAUUACUUGUGGUAACAUUGUAAUAAAAUUGUUAUUUUAUCAUUGAGAUUUUUGUAGAUUUUCAAAAAGUUAUCGCGAAAAACACGGGUUUUCAAUCGUGAAAACGAACAUAGUACCAGCCAUAAGAUGCAUAUUUAAAGAUGCACAUUUUACACUUGGUGCAUCUUUUGUAAAUCUUGUAAACACACUUGAAAAAUGUUGCAUUUUUAAAAUAUUUUUUGAAUAUUUUUAAAUAAUGUUCGUUUUCAUAAAUAUUUUUCUGCAUUUAUACUUAAAAGAAACAGUCUUUUUUGUUAAUUUUUAAACACACACACCACAAUAGAUACAAUAUAAACCAGGGUUUACCAAGAGAGUUACAGAACUUGCGAAACCCAAUAAUCGAAAAGAUCCAUUGACACAACGGGCCUGUUGAAAAUGCAACAAAGAGCGUGUGUCGAAUGAUAGCCAAUCUCCUAUGGUGAGAUGUAAAAAAUGACGUAGGGAAUUGAUGAGAAAAAAUUUCAUUUUGCUGCGUCAAUCGACCAAUUUUUGCUGAAACUGACAAAUGUUGACGUUUGUCAAAAAUCUUAAAUUUUGACAUUUGCCGAAAAUAAUAAUUAUUUGCGUAAUUAAUAUUUUUCAAAACUAUUUUCCAUUACUGCUAGCAAUUAUAUUGCAAAUGUGAACGUUGCAAUAUGGAGAUGUUUACAUAAAAAUGAUGAACGAAAGUCAUGCCAGGUAAACAAAUUAUUGACGCCGUUAUAGAAAAAUCACUGAACGGCGGCGCCAUCACAUUUCAAUAAACUACAAACACAAAUCUGUUCUUUUGUCCAUUAUUGUUAAAUAACAACCUUUUACAAUCCCGUUGCCAAUGAUAAUAAACAAUAAAUUUCCUAAUAAGUCGUUUAA